GGCAUCCCGUGUAAAAAAAAAUGAAUCGUUCUAUUGAACCCCAAAUUCUUUUGGCCAAAGUGCCAAAAAAAGAAACCACGUUCAAAUGUAGCUACCCUAUGGAGACCUACAGGUUGGACCAUAUAAAUAAGAUAUAAAGAAAAGCCCUAGCCGGAAAGUUAGAAUACCCGCUCUGUAUCCGAAGCUCUUUCUCUAUAAUAUGCCAAUCAGGGCUUAAGAAACCGGAGUAUGUAUGGGAGUGGUAUCAUAGUAUCAUAUCUCUGGAUAGGCCCAUGAAUGCAGUCGGUUUGAGUCUGAGCUCACCAGAAACUAGGAAGGCGGAAAAACUUUAUUCCGCAAUCUUAUCAGCGUCUCGUACUGUAAGUUACCUGUUGUGGCAUUGACUCCCUACCGCGCCCUGCUCAAACCAUAACAAACCAUCCGCUCUACCGCCCUAAAAGACCUUGCUGUUGGGUAAAAGAACAACUACAAUGUCCGUUUACGCUCCCAUCAAGAGGAAGCUCUAUACCCUCAUAAUGCCCUUGGACCUCGAGAACAAGCGGAUUCUCCUUGGUUAUAAGAAAAGGGGUUUUGGUAUGGGAAAAUGUGAGUCACGUCUGCUCUUGUUUGGAUGAAAUUGGAGAAAUCAAGGAUAUGGCUAACAGUAAUAGACAAUGGCUUCGGCGGAAAAGUGGAAGAAAAUGAAACUAUUCUCGAGGGAGCAAUUCGUGAGCUACAGGUUCGUAGACCCCCCCGUCUUACCUACAUCUGCGAAGCUGGGGCUAAGAAUGAUGAAUAGGAAGAAUCCUGUAUCAAGGGUACAGACCUUUCAUAUCAUGGAAUCUUGUUCUUGGAAGCAAUUGCAGAUGCAACUCUACCGAUCCUGGAAAUCCACGUAUUUGCCGUAACCAAAUGGGAAGGAGAACCUGCCGAGUACUUACCUUCCCAUUCCUCCUUUUCUUUUUACCUUAAUUAAGUGACCCUAAUCCCCUCCUUAUUUAGGACCGAUGAGAUGAGACCGGAAUGGUAUUCAGCGUCCCCGGAUUAUACUGGCUCCGUGGUUGAUGAAAAAAUACCAUUCACCCAAAUGUGGGAGGAAACCGCGGAGUGGUUGCCUCUUCUGCUGAGCGCGUAUUUUGGAAAGGACGGCAGUCCAGAGCAUGGAAAACAAAAGCAAUUGGUCCACCACGCCACUUUCGGAAGUGCCAUAAACCCUGAGACGGGGCUAGAGGACGUCUGGCAUGGAAUGUUGGACAACUACUUUGUCUGGGUUGAGGAUGAGGAAGGAAUACCAAAGCUGGAGGGUUGGGAGAGCGAAGCACGCGGUGCUUGGGUGGAAGAGAGGAGGAAAAGGAGGUUUGGGCUUUAAGGGUCGCUUCCAUAGUAUAUAGUCCAUUUUUCCCGGCAUUUACCACAAUACAUUUUAAUGGAACAACCUUCCAUCAACGAAAUAUCUAC